AUGAAUUUGUUUUUUUACGUUAAAAGUAAAAAUGCAAGUUACCGCAUAAGCAGAGAAUUCGGUACCAAUGCCCUCCGAUCAUCGACGGGAUACGACGGACAAAAUGACGAACCGAUACAACAUGUAGAAAGAAGACCGAGCCCGUAUUAUUACAGUGAUAUAUUAAAUCAAGACGAUUUAGAACCGUCAGCAUUUAAAAGUUAUAGGAAACCGGAAACGGCAAAAAAUUCAACGGUCGAACCAUUUUAUAGUCAAUCAUCGAAACAACUUGCCAAAGAAAGAAAACAACUUGAAUCUUAUCAUCCUUUUAGUGCCAAAGAAAAUUUCGAACCCAAACAAGGGGGUCUUGAUUUUUACGAUUUUGCAAGCGGUCGAGUUAGGAAAAAGCAUAAAGUCGUCGAAGUAAAUGAAAAGAAAAAACUUUCGAGGCGAACCGAUGAGAAAAAAGAAGAAAACAAAUUCGACGAAGAGAAAAUUUUGAUAGAGCGAGUGAAAGAUGAGAGAAGUGGAAACGACGACGAGUACAACAGUAAGCGACAGGGUUACGUGAAGAGUAUUAGUUUGGACGUGCCAUCAUCAAUAAAAAAAAAAACUGUUCAACAGAAGAAAGAGUGUAGGAAAAGUGCGAGUUUGGACAUACCGUUUGUGAGUAACGUUUCCAUUGACGAAGUCGGUGAAAAUUCUAACAAGUUUCGACCGAUCGUACCCGUUAGAGAAACCGAAGAGGGUGGCAUAGAGGGUGGUGACGAAGAAGAAGAAGAUGAAAUAAGAAGUAGGAAAAAAAGUUUUAAAAAAUUACCGCAAUACAAUCACUGUUAUAGAGACUGUUUGACUGGGGCACCUAAAAAAACAUUCCCAUGCGGCGAUAAAUUUUCUCCGGCGGAUGUUUUGCAACACGUCAUACACGGUGGUAUCGAUAACAAAUCCUUGUUGGCAGCUUGUUUGGCUGAAUGGGAUGCUCAUGCACGUUUGAUGCGUCCAUUAACGGCGAGGGCACUCACUCAAUGCGCUUGCGCAAUCGGUGCGCAAAAGCAGUGUGCAAGUUCUGACGAAGAAGAAGAAGAAGAUUAUCAUUACACGAAAAGUCCUUUGUCCAUAAAUUUCCCACCGAGGAAAAACACUAGUUUAGAUUCGAUAAGGAAAAGAGAUUUUUUCAAAGAACCCAUACCAGAUGGGAAAAAUCUCGGAGAUGAAUUUGUAAAAGGUCAAAAGGUAAAAAGUGAAAUCGACGACGGUAACAUUUCUCCGUUGAAUCCCCGUGAAAUAUUUCGAAAUUGGGGCAUUAUAGUCAACGAAAAAGGUGGUUUCGAAAGUUGGAACGAUGGCUACGACGACAACAGCGACUCAGCCGAAGCAUAUAAAAUCGCUAGGGAAAUUCUAGAAGAAACGGAAAAUUGGGAUUUGGAAAAGAAAAAUAUUCUGUUGAAACCCGAGUGCCGGAGCACGGAAAGCCUUUAUGAUUUUGAAAAUAUGAGCCGAAGGGGCUUACUCUAUGAAACCGCUUUUGAUUGCAAAGUAAGCAGGUCAGACGACGAUCUCGAAGAACUAGACCGCGUGACCAAUCAUCCGAUUUUACAUUCUAGAAUUGGUCGGAGCAAAAGUGCCGUGACGGCACCUCUGAUAGAAAGUUACACGAGACCUCCUAGACCGGGAAGUUCUUUUUCGAAAAAUCCACUAAAACCUUUUACCAAAGAGAAAAAAUCCCGGAUUUCAAGUUCGGACGCGGAAAACGCUUCCGAAGAUAUAUCGAAUAUAUCCGAUCGGGUUAAAAAUAUAACAUUGGUUCAAACGCCGACUCCGCCAUCCACGGCUCCUCUCCCAUCGAAAUUUUGUGGUCACGAAGAUUUCACAAUGAACAGCAUAAAAAGUGCACCGGAACUAUCGUCUAAAAACAACAGAAUCAAAGACAGUAAACUUCCGGUAAAAUCUCUUCGGGGUAGAAAUUCGCGACCUUCGUCACUUUUAACGAGUUUUAACGAUCCUUUAAUUAACAGUGAUGAGAAACGUGAUGACGCAUCCGAAGAAAGUUUGUGUCAAAAUUAUCAAAACAGUAAUGAUAAUAAUAUUAAUAAUAAUAACAAUAAAUCUCAAAAGUUAGCACAAAAAACAGAAUUAAUAUUAGAAUUUAAAGGAAGGCCGGAAGGGGAAUCGACGAAUAAGAAACCGAGAGCGGCAAGGCCGAGAAGUUUGAUAGGGGAAAUAAGGCCGACCGUAGUUUUGGGACAGCGUAAAAACGGUCGUUUAAAAUUUUCAAGCACAGAAAGCGUUGCGACGAGUUCGAGCGGCGGAAGUUUGGAAAGUAUAAAAAGUAGCACGAGCGAAGGUAACAGGAGCACGACGAGUUCGGAAAGUCACAGAAGUAGCAGUUUAAGCAGUCAUAGUUCGGAUUCAAUGAGCAACGUCGUAGCCAUAACCACAGCCAAUCUACAAUAUCACUUAAAGCAAACAAAUCCACACGAUACGAAUAAAAUGCAAAACGCUUUGUCUCCUAUAUCGGAUAAAUCAUCCGUCGAACCCUCGGAAACGAGUGAUAACAAUAAAAACAACAAUUCUCAAAAGCCGAGUCCUGAAGAAAGUCAUGACAACGGAACCAACGAAUCCCAGCACCAUUCCCAUCACCCCCACCAUCAACACCAUAAUCAUCCGCCGAUGUCGUCGUCGUCGUCGCCGUUGCCACCUCCACCACCCAAGCUAGAUUUUAAAGUGAAAAGAAAAACAUUACAAAAUAAAAAUUUAAUAAAUUUAGGUUUACAAAUGAGUUCUUCGUCGAACGAAGCUGCCCAAGGUUCCGAUAGCGGUAUUUCCGUCGAAUCGAGAACCUUAAAAUCAAGUGGAAUUUUUUCUAAUCAAACAGAGACUGAUUUUUCCGAUCUUCCAUUCGACAUGCCAAAAUUAAGACGUCGCCGACUUGUUGAACAAGAAAAUGUACUAAAUCGAAGACUUUUAGAAGUCGACGCGUGUACGUCAAGCAGUGCCACAUCGGUUGAUCUUCGUGAUUUACCUUUCGAUAUGCCAAAAUUAAGAAGGCGACUCCGACCGGGUGGAAACACCGGAGAAUCUCAAGCAUCAUCUAGUCAAAGCGUUGCAGAACAAACCGGAAAUGUUUUAUUUCGGCCAUCUAUGACUUUAUCACUGGAUCUGGAAUCGAAUUCCAUUCAAAAUCAAACUCGAGGAUUGAGUCUCGAUUUGGAAAGAGGAAGAGGAUGCGGAACGAUGACCUUGAACGCAUUUUCCGGCGUUGAUUUAAUUGAUCCGAGUUUACCAUUGGAAAAACAAACUUGGUAUCACGGUUCGAUAACGAGAGUCGAAGCAGAAGAUUUAUUAAGAAGUUUAAAAGAAGGAAGUUACCUCGUUAGAAAUAGUGAAAGCGCUAAACAAGAUUAUUCCCUAUCUCUAAAGAGCGCGAAAGGUUUCAUGCAUAUGAGAAUACAAAUCGAUAAUAAUUCUGGACAAUUUAUAUUAGGACAAUUUAGCAAACCGUUUAAUUCCAUACCGGAUAUGAUACGUCAUUAUUCCGUUAAUAAGUUACCGAUAAGAGGAGCUGAACACAUGUGUCUUCUCAAACCGGUAGCAGCCCAAUUAUUGUAA